CCUGUCAGAUCCGUCAGUGUUAGGAGGUUCAGCAUCCACGCGCAGCUCUCUCUGUGUUCCCUCUGGUGAAACAGCAGUGCCUCAUAGGACUGUUGAGGAGGAACAUGGAAUAACAGACAUCUUCUGAACGAGACGACUUUUGGACCAGGCACAAAUGGAUGAAGCAAAUGAGAAAUCUGAAGAUGUCAUCUCCAUGGCCGAUUCAUCGGUCACACUCGAGGACAUCGAAGGGGAGCUGCUCAAAAUCGAGGGACUACGAAACGUCCUCGUGCGAAGAGAAUCAGAGCUGAGAUACAUGAUGGAUGACAUCCAGUUGUGUAAUGAAAUUACAAGGCUGAAGCGAGAGCUGCAAAAACUGGUUUCCAUCCCAGACCAAGACAAGUCCAAGGAGAAUCGGACAAGGGAGGAGGAUCUUCUGCAGCAGAUCAGCAAGUUGGUGGAGACCAGAGACUUCCUUGUAGAUGAUGUGGAAUUCGAGCGGCUCAGAGAAAGAGAAGAAGACAUAGAAAUGGCGGCGUUCUUACAGCCCAAAUUUCAAAAUAUUUCGGGGAGAAAAGCUUCUCUGCAAGACCAGAAGAUGGUGCCCAAAUCUUCUCACCCACCAACAUCUUUCAUCACAAACACUGGACUAACGCUACUGAAAGACUGCUGCGGCAUCACAUGCUCCAUCAUGUAACACAUUUGUGUGCAUGCUUGCAAAUCUUUGGACAAUGUUGUAUUAAAUUGAAAUCAUGACUUAUUUGGCAUAAAUAUAUGAAUGUUUCAUCACAAGCAUGCUAUUGCAUCUGCUUUUGAGUAUUGUCAGUGUUCACCACAUAGUGAGAAGAUGUUCUCACUCCUCAAGUAGGUGCAAACACACAGUCAUAGAUGACUCAUACAGUGGGUGGUCUUAAUGUGAAAUUACUUGGUAAACAUUCUUUUCAUUUUAUCCUGUGACCGAAAUAAAAACAGUUCAGCAUUGUUCACAUGGCAACAAACUAUGAA